AAUUACACUAAUGUCACUUAUUUAUUCUAUACUUUGACUGCUGUGAAUCUAUAUUAAUCAAAAGAAUGUUUACGCGUUGACCUGCCAAUUGUAUAUAGUUAUUGCCUUUUAUGGUAAUGCAGUAUAUGGUUUUUAUUGAUUUUUAUACGUCAUUUAACGCGUCGAUUAGUUUGUAAAACUUUGACCGUAACAAAAUUAUUCUAGAGUUUGAUUCUCAGUUAUAUUUUUAGCCUAGAUGAGUGGACUAUAGAUCAAAAGCUUUGCAAAAAUUGAUCUUCUCAUCUUUUGUUAUUCCAAGGGGUUGUAAAAAUUCACUAAUAUUCCUUGAAUUUGAGCUUUUGAGUUGCACUCAAAAUUCUAAAAAUUCGCUAGAACUUCGGAGAAUAACCUUAAGAUCUAGUAAAUGAAAACAUUGGCUUAAUAUUUUCAUAAUUUCAAAGGUGUUCUACACUAUUAACUUCUUUUGUUCAGGUCUAGGUGUAUAGUUAGUCUUGUAACGUUACUUAUGUCACGAUUUUUUCCGAAAAUCACGCAAUCAGUGAAAGAAAUUUAUCAUCACAAUUUCGAUCUAUUAGAUGUCAGAUUACAGUUUAUGAGCAAAUUGCUAGGAGGACAAGCAUGCAUUUUUCGUCAAUGGUUGGUCCAUUUGGCAUUCAUAAUUCUUAAAAGGUUUCGUUGCCCAUAACAACUGCUGGUGGUCGAUGGUCAUGAAUUUUAAUGCAUUUUUCACAUUAUAAUAUUAAACGAGGCAGAAUCUAUAAAACGCGUUCACUUGUGUCGUGUCGACGAGUAAUUUCACUUGGCAAAGGGUGUGACAAGCGAAGAACUUAAUUUAACUUGGUUUAAAGAAACAAUGAGCGGACAACCGAGGUGCAAACUGUUUAUUAAGAAAAAAGGCGACUAUUUAUGCCAACGUGUCUGCAUGAUUGUGGCUCUGAAAAAGUUAGAUCCAGUUAUAUGCCAAAUUAUCGCUGAAGAAGACAAGGUCAAAAUUGCGAAAGAAAAUGGUGCAACGGUAACCAUGUGGCCAACUCUACUUGAUACCCACACAUACGAGGAUGGAGAAGAGAUCGAGCAACAUCUUGAAGCGCACUUUCCAGAGCAUAGCUUGAAAAGCAACGAUGAGGCGGUUAAGGAACUAACAGAAAACAACAGCCCCGUGUCAGACUUCAAUAAAUGGCUUCGAGCUGAGAGUCCCGGAGACGCUGUUCAUGCUGAAAAGCUCGCAAAAUUUCUUAAUAAAGCUGACCAGAUUUUGGAACAAAAUGCCAAAAAGGGUGAUUUCUUAGAUGGAAAUUCACUUACGCUUCCAGAUUGCAUCUUGUUGCCAAAGCUACACCAUAUGAGAGAAGUUGGUAAGAUUAUCACUGUCGACCAGGGCGACAUACUUAAAGGUUUCACUAAUGUGGAGAGAUAUAUGAAAAAGGCCGAAAAUGGAACAGCGUUUCAAACCACCAAGAGAGAAAUAGACGACAGAAAAUGGAUUGGAUUCAAAUCCAAGACCAAGAAAAGCUCAGACAUUUACAAUGCUUUGAAGUCGAGAAAAUGACUGAAAUGACUUGGGAUUGGUUGGUGUUGAAGCCAAAAACAUUUUCAGUAAAACUUAACACUUAUUCAAGGAAAGGAACUUAAAAGUUUAAAGCUAAACUCCUCAAAACUCCAGUUUCCGGUCAUAUCAUGGUUUUUCAUUGGAUAAUACUUAGUCAAUAGUCGUCUUUAGUAAAGAAUGUAUACGAUGGAUAAAGGUAAAAGAAUUAUCGCUUGAAUAACCCUAUAGAUAGCUCUAGAAGAUGCCAUUAUUUCAAGGUUAAAGUAAAUAACUACAUUCGAAUAUAUUCGUUUGUAUUUGUUUUGUUAUUAUACAUAAGAAUGAUUGUAACACGAAUGUUUGGAGAUAUAAACCAUACCCUAGAAUAGUAGAAUUUACUAUAGGAAUAAAACUGUCAAGUUAUUUUCACAAAAAUAUAUCGUUGUUUAUCAAAUUAAAAUAACUAAAAAGAAAUGCUUAGUUUUAGAAUAUCACGGCAGAAUAAAAUUGUUGAUCUUCAAACUCAUUCAAAAUUCAUAAAUUUAAUUCAUCUAUCGUCAGUCUGUUAUGGAAAUUUGCAAUCGGACUUCAACACUUGAUUUGUAACCCAGUUUCUUGAUUUAAAACUUUUCCGUGUAUCAAGAUCAUUGCUUUCCAGGUCAUCGCUUUGAAGUCGUCUCUUCAUAGAAUUUUUUACUAGACAAUUAUGAUGAUUUUUCUGUCAAUGGGGUAUUUUUGUCUGCAAAAUGGCUGUCAGAAAUAUGACAGAAUGCUCUUAGAUAUGGCAUUGCACCCAUUCACAUUAGCAUUUUGAUAAAACCUAGGGUGUUUUUACAAUUCUAAAUAUUAUCUUAAGCUUUUGUUAAAUUCUUAAAACAAGAAAACACUGUAUGUAAUUAAUGAAUUUUCUAUUAAAAUGAAAACAUCUUUAUGAA